AUUUUAUUGAAAAUAUUAUUAAUAAUAAUAUCGAGGAGCGCAGAAGAUAACCUAAAAAACAAAAAAAAAAACGUGCGUGAUCGAUGAUUCAGUGUUGAAUAUCAUAAGAGCGCUUUAUCGAAUAUAUAAUAAUUGCUUACGUGAUAAUACAGUUAUCAAAAGAAUAUAAAAAUGUCAGGCGGGGCGAGUUUAAGUAUUGGAAAGCUAAAUAAAGAAAAUUACGACACAUGGAAAUUGCAAAUGGAGGCAAUACUCAUUAAAGAUGACUUGUGGGAAUAUGCGAAUGCCUCUUUACGGAAUAAAAAGGAUGGUAAAGCCAGAAUCGAUAUUAUUCUUACCAUGAGUUCGAGUGAGCUAUGUCAUGUGAAGCAUUGCAAACCUUCACAUGAAUUAUGGUAUAAAUUAAAGGAAGUUUACGACCUGCAAGUCGUAAAGGAAGUUAAGGACCUGCAAGAAAGUGCAAUAAAGGUUUUUCGGCUCAGAACGGUGUGAUAGAUUUAUCCAAAGAUAAAUACAAA